UCCCAUUGAGGACGUGGCCCUAACAUUACACAACAGUUAAUUGCUAAUCUGCAGCCAGUUCAGUGCAUGUCCAUUGUAAAUAGCAAUUUCCUCAGAAGAAGCAGAUGUCUUGAAACAAUGGAGAGUGAAGAGCAGAGAUUCAACCUGAAGAGAGAAGUGGGGAUUGUAGGAGCUGUCUCCUUCAUUGCAGGGACCAUGAUGGGGUCUGGGAUCUUCAUUUCACCCCAGUAUGUGCUGAUAACUAUCGGCAGCCCUGGAGCCAGCCUUAUUAUCUGGCUCUGCUGUGGGUUGAUUGCCAUGCUUGGGGGGCUUUGCUAUGCUGAACUGGGAACAGCGAUCCCAGAGUCUGGAGGAGAGUUCAUCUACAUCCUGAGGACAGCGGGGAGAGUGAUGGCCUUCACUUUUGUCUUCAGCUUCGUGAAUGUCAUGAGACCUGCCAGUGCCACAGGGAUUGCACUGAGUUUUGCAGAAUACAUUGUGGCACCCUUUUACAAUGGCUGCACUCCUCCAGUGCUGGUGGUGAAAUGUGUGGCUGCAGGGAGCAUCUUGGUUCUGGCCACAGUGAACUGUCUGAGCGUACGUACGGCCACUGCCAUCCAGGUGGUUUCCAUGAUCGUCAAAGUGCUGACCAUGUUGGUGAUCAUAGUGGGAGGUGUCGUAAUGCUUAUUCAGGGACACAAUGAGAGUUUUGACGACUCCUUUAAGGGAACAAAUGUGGGUGUCCGCUCUAUUGGAAUUGCUUUCUAUCAGGGCUUGUGGUCCUAUGAUGGCUGGAACACUCUGAAUUAUGUGACUGAAGAGCUGAAACAUCCAGAAGUGAAUCUUCCCAGGGCUGUUGUGAUAGCCAUUUCCCUGGUGACCGGCUUGUAUCUGCUGGUGAAUGUGAGCUACCUGACAGUGAUGACGCCUAAAGAGCUCAUGUCUUCUUCUGCAGUUGCAGUGACCUGGGGGAAUAAGGUGUUAGGAAGCUGGGGCUGGAUCAUGUCAGUGGCUGCAGCUCUGUCUGCUUUCGGUUCAUUGAACGGCACUUUCUUCAGCGGAGGCCGUGUGUGCUUUGUUGCUGCCAGAGAGGGACACAUGCCAGAUAUUCUAGCCAUGGCUCACGUCCACAGACUGACUCCAUCUCCAGCCCUGAUCUUCACUACUAUUGUCUCUCUCAUUGUGCUGAUCCCAGGAGACUUCCAAAGCAUCGUCAACUACUUCAGCUUCACUGCCUGGUUUUUCUACGCGAUCACCCUGUCUGGACUUAUUUAUCUAAAGGUCAAGAAGCCCGAGCUCCCAAGGCCGUACAAGGUCCCGAUUGUGCUCCCCAUACUGGUCCUGAUUGCAGCAAUAUUCCUUGUGCUGGCACCUAUCAUAGACACCCCUCAGAUUGAAUACCUCUACGUUAGUUUGUUUAUCCUAAGCGGAGCCAUAAUCUACGUACCGUUCAUCCAUUACAAGCUGUGCCCAGGACUGCUCACCAAGUUAACAGUAUUUCUGCAGCUGUUUUUAGAGGUCGCACCGGCAGAGAAAAACCUUUGAAUUCAGCUAAAAAAAUAAAAGAAAGGGAAGGAGUUUCACCUCCACCUGUUUGAAUAUACUUCCUCAAUUCUACCUCCCAUUUUUAAUGCGACUUCAUGAAUGUGAAAAGUAACAAAUGUAAUUUUUAUGAGUGAAUUUAAAUAUUUUUGGUCUAUGUUGUGGUGUUGUUUUUUAUUAUAAAUAUUAAUUUGUAAAAAGAUUCCUGCUCCAAAAUAUUUCAAAAUGAACACGACAUUAUGUGCAUGAAAAUCUAGUCGCAGAAUACGCAUUUUUAAUUAACUGACUUAACCAUUCAGCGGAGCAAGAAGAGUGUGUAUUUAAAAUAUAAAUAAGAUAUAGAUAGUGAGAAACGAUUGCUGUGCAACAAACUCACUGAUACCACUGAGACAAAAGAAGCACAUAUUAAAGCCUACACUGUAUCCAAAGCAAGGAUGAAAUCUGUCACAUUGCAGCCACAAGGAUAUCAAAGCAGAGCAUUUUGUCCCCUUAAAAAGUAGCUGUUUGAAAUAAAUGUGUUUUAGAUAAAGAAAUGUUGGUGAAAAGGGAGUAAAUUAAAUGAUGCAAGGUCAAGUGCUCCAGGAAACUGAAUAAAAAGAUUAUUUUAAACUGA